AUCGCAGUGCACAUAACAGCAUUAUGUUGCCUGGAGCAAACAAGCACAGUACUAACAACAGCCAACAGACCGGACAACACAAUCCCAUCCUCUGUUUCAUUCAGCUGCUGAAGAGCCCACACAGCUCUUCCCCUGCUUUCUCCGCUAGCUCAGCUGAACUGGAGCAGUCUGUACCAUCAUUUUGUCCUCCAAAUCCACAAAAACAUUUCAGAUGAUGACUUAAACGCUUCAGGAAGACUGUCUUAAAGGAAAAUUAUUAUGUUAUCAUCUUGGCAUACAUCUUGGCUGUAUGUAUAAGGAUAUUCAGGAAUCCAGGAAAGAUGGCUCCAUUGUUCUGGGACUUGGAUUACGCUAUAACUCCUCCACAGACAGCAGCUCUACAAAUGAGUUCUGAGUUCAGGCAUACUAGCCCUGUGAGUUUCUAUUAUCAUUCACAUUGUAGUUCACCCAUGCAAGAAAGCUUAGUCUGGCCUUCAAGUAAACAAGUGGAGUUCACAAGAUUGAACCCCUCCAGAACUAAAGAUAAUACAGAAGGAGAAUGGCGUAUGGUAACAGCCACUCACUCAUUGCUUGGCAGGGAAAGAAGAGGCCAGAGGGAAGACCAGCAGAGAGUGUUUCACAACAUCUUGCCAAGAGCGCAUUUUCUCCAGCCGAAUAGAGAAUCAAGUGCUUUUUCACCCUAUGCUAAUGACUUCAGCUUGAAUGGUAGAGAUGCCAAGAACAUUGCUGAGUCCCCCGGGAACAGUCGUAAGCUGCACCCGCUGACACAGCCGGGCUUCUACAGUCCAAAAAUCCCACGAUCAAAACACUGUGAAGCUUCACAGUCCACAAAAAAAUCUUUGAAAGGAUCUUCUUCUACAAACAACUUGAAAGAGUUCUUUGCUCUCACGUUGCCUCUUCCGUGCUCCAGAAGUGCUGUUCUCAAAGCCAGCCCUUUGUGUUCCAAACCACAAAAAGUUAAAACUUUUGUGGUGGAAAAGCCUCCUUUGAUGAGAGCUGUGGUUUCUCAAACUUCACCAACCUCAAAUCAACCCGACAAAGAGCACUUCAGCCGACUCCAGCCAAGAGAGGACUGUCUCAUCAAGAGCCAGGACUGCAGUUUGUUCAGUCUGCAGGAACCCAAGAGCAAACCUCCUAGAUAUGACCAACCUGUCUGGAGUCGGAGCCAGAAUUUAUUCACUGAGGAUAUUUCUACCAAGGAUCAUCUUUGUAUUAACACAGUACAUCUGUUCCCUGAAUGCCAGUCUAGAGCAGACCAGCCUGCGACACUUUAUCCCAAACUGGAAAAGGCAAGUCAUGGGAUAUUUAGCUUGAGUGUUGACGCUGACAUUAAACAGGGUGACCCUGACUGGUCAUGUCAACUUCAAACCAGCCCAGCUAUACCUGACUGCAGCCCAAAACAAAAGAAGACACAAUACACACAACAUAGAGAAACCGCUGAUGUUAGAAACACAGAGCACAACCAUGUAAAAAGUCAGGUGGAUGUGAACUCAAAGAAUGUGUUUGGUCAGCCUCGAGUGACUGCAUCACUGCGAGCAGCAUGUUCCCCGCGGCCUGUUCGCAAGAGCACAGUGGUGGAGGACUUGAAAAAACUCAUUGUGAUGGAUGACACAGAGGACAGCGCUCAGGGUGAUUCAUCACCUCAACAAAAAGAGGCGGGGCUUUGCAGCAGUUUGCGAAUGUCAGGUUCAAGUCCAUCAUUACUCAGUCAAGCUUACCUAUCAAACCCAGAGUCUACCACACUCACACCCAUCCAUCUUCACCUGCAAACACGUCAAACAGAAUGUGGAGGAUCGCCUGAGCAGGCUGAAUCUGACCUGUGGGACAGAGACCAGCAUCCUGAUCCUGAACUCAUGCCCCUGCCAAGCACAGCCUGUGAUCUCGACUGGAAUAGUUUAGUUCAAGCAGCCCAAGAAUAUGAAACACAAAGGAUGGCAACCCUUUUGUCAGAAAUGAGUCCUGUAUCAAGCAGGCCAGACACACCAUCCCAUGGAACCUACCAGAUCCACCAAUCCAGUGCCUAUUGCAGUAGAGAAGAUAUAGCUGACGUAUUCAUUGACUUUCCUGACCAACUCUCUCACCUGGAAGGGAUGCUUAGUCGACUGAGUAGUGAUCUGCUGAAGGAAAAGAGAGACAAGGUGGCUCUUCUGGCAGAGGUGUUGAAGCUUCGCAUUAGCAACCAGCAUCUAAGAGAAGAGUCCCUCUGUGCAGUUGAACAACUACACAAAAUCAGCAAAAUUUUAAAUAAGACACCUGGAGGGAUGGAGUAAUGCAAGGUUGCAAGCAAAGACUACAAAUCUGGAUAUCGCCAUACUUUUUUUUACUUUUUGCAUUUUCUGCACUGAUGUGAGAGGUCAAAAUCUGCUGAAUGGAUUUAAAAAUUGUAAGAUUUGUUAAUUGGACCCAUUAGUGACUGAAAACCUAAUCAAAUUAUUUGAAAUAUUUAAUGAACAAACGUAGUAGUAACUUAUAAACAGACUUACAAAUGACAAUAUUCCAGCUCCUCUGAACUUUCUGCUGGCACAGGUCUCACAUGAGCUUGAAAACCCAAACAAACUGAACUCAAUCAAGGUUUAUUAACAGCACAGUAAACCAGAACAACUUUCAUAAGGUUGGUAACCCUCUUGGGAAACAUAUGCUCCUCUAUCUAUCUGAAUAAUUAGGUUAAGGCUAUAAAAAAAAGCUAUAAACCAGCUUAAUAUAAAACAU